ACACUUGUAGCUGUUACAGUUGACAGCCUAUUUUAAAAUUAACUUAGAAAGAGAGCUUUAUUUAAGAUUAUUUAUGUUUCUCUUUCUCCAUCUCCAUUUUUGGCUCAAUUUCCCCCCUGGUUCUACUGCAUUUAUCUGCAUUGUUCUGCUUCUGCUUUCCUAUCUGGUUACAGAAGCAGAAGCAGAAAAGGCUUUGGUUUUUGUAGGAGAAAACUAACACAGGUUUUUUUUUUUUUUUUUGGGUGAAUCAACCAGACCAUUCCUGGGCUGGAGUGGUUUUCUGAAAUGGCUUGUUUUGUUGGGAGAAUGAUUAGUUCAAGAUCUGAACUAGGGAUGUUCUGUUUGUGUUGUUCGUGGGUCUCUGCAAUGUUGUGGGGUUCGAGUCAGUGACUGACAUUCCUGCUCUAACGCCUCUGUUUUGCGUGACCCAGAAGCAAAAUCGCAGGGAGAAGGGGAAAUAUUCCUGCUCGUUUGGCAAAACAGCGCCUUCAUAUUCAUGCAGAUCUAGUGGAUUUCUUUCAGAGAUUGCGGUUUCCACAAUUUUGUGAGCGCUCUAUUUUCCCUGUUCCGCUCUGUCUUUUUUUGUGUUCUGCUCUGUUUUCAAAGUAAAAAGGGCGUAAAUGGAUCGGCUUUCGACGACGGCUCUUCUACCGGAUGCGUUUCAAGGGACAAGAGAUGACAUUGCGAUGCAAAUGGGAUUGAUUUGGGGUCAGAUCAAAGCCCCGUUGAUAGUCCCUCUCCUGAGAAUCGCAGUUGUCCUGUGCCUGAUCAUGUCUCUAAUGCUCUUCGUCGAGAGGGUUUACAUGAGUAUUGUCAUCAUUCUGGUCAAGUUCUUCGGCAGAAAACCAGAAAAACGUUACAAAUGGGAGCCCAUAAAAGACGACGCAGAGCUCGGCAAUUCGUCCUAUCCCAUGGUCCUUGUCCAAAUCCCAAUGUACAACGAAAGAGAGGUUUAUCAGCUCUCCAUAGGAGCUGCAUGCGGCCUUUCAUGGCCGUCUGAUCGUAUCAUAAUCCAAAUUCUCGACGAUUCUACAGACUCAACUGUGAAGGAUUUGGUGGAGUUGGAGUGCCAGAGGUGGGCGAGCAAAGGGAUCAACAUUAAAUACGAGAUAAGAGGCAGCCGGAGCGGCUACAAAGCAGGGGCUCUGAAGGAAGGGUUGAAGCACAGCUACGUGAAGCAGUGCGACUUCGUCGCCAUCUUCGACGCCGAUUUCCAACCCGAACCCGAUUUCCUCUGGCGGACCAUCCCUUUUCUCCUCCACAAUCCUCGUCUCGCCCUCGUUCAGGCACGCUGGAAAUUCGUGAACUCGGACGAGUGCUUGAUGACAAGAAUGCAGGAGAUGUCCUUGGAUUACCAUUUCACCGUGGAACAAGAGGUGGGCUCCUCCACCUACGCCUUUUUCGGCUUCAACGGGACGGCGGGCGUAUGGAGAAUUGCAGCACUUAAUGAGGCUGGAGGAUGGAAGGACCGGACUACGGUGGAGGAUAUGGACCUGGCCGUCCGAGCCAGUCUCAAGGGCUGGAAAUUUUUGUACCUUGGUUCUCUCAUGGUGAAAAAUGAAUUGCCAAGCACGUUCAAGGCUUAUCGCUACCAGCAACAUCGGUGGUCUUGCGGUCCUGCUAACCUUUUCAGGAAAAUGGUAAUGGAGAUCAUAAGAAACAAGAGAGUGUCAUUGUGGAAGAAAGUCCAUGUGAUUUACAGCUUCUUCCUUGUUAGGAAAAUCAUAGCCCACAUUGUCACAUUUGUGUUUUACUGCGUGGUAUUGCCAGCCACUGUUUUGGUACCAGAAGUUGAGGUCCCAAAGUGGGGAUCUGUCUAUAUCCCUUCCAUCAUUACCCUCCUCAAUGCAGUUGGAACUCCAAGGUCACUACACUUGAUGGUUUUCUGGAUCCUUUUUGAGAACGUUAUGUCUCUGCAUCGAACCAAGGCUACUUUUAUUGGUCUGUUGGAGGCUGGUCGGGUGAACGAAUGGAUUGUGACCGAGAAGCUAGGUGAUGCUCUGAAGGCCAAAGCAGCAGCCCUCAAAGCGCCUAAGAAACCUCGAUUCAGGAUUGGAGAAAGGCUCCAUUUGUUAGAGCUCGGGGCUGGAGCUUACCUUUUCUUCUGUGGCUGUUACGAUGUUUUUUUCGGAAAGAACCACUACUUUCUAUACCUUUACGUUCAAGCCAUUGCCUUCUUCAUCGCCGGAUUUGGUUACAUGGGCACCUUUGUCCCAAACUCUUAGUCAAAAAUGCUGGGAAUUAAGUUGAUGGAGCUAUUUUCAAUAGCUGUUGCUGUAGGCAUUCACUGGUCCUCUCUCCUCAUUGAUCGGCAACAAAUACAAAUGCUGCAUAUUGAGUAGCAUUUCCUUGCAUUUUUUUUUCUUCAUUUUAGCUUGUAAAAUAUGGUUAUUCUUUGAGGCUGAGCAUAAAAAUCAAGUCGGCAUUGGCUUGAAAGAGUUAGUUUUGCUGUGAAUACUCAAGAAAGUUGAUCAAGUAUAAGCGAUUGUGUUAUGGGGAAAGCAUACAGAGAAGAUAUAAGUGGACCAAGUGAGGGCUACAUUUGGGUUUUAACCCCAAGUAGAUAGGUGAACAUUUCAGAGUGGAUUGUUUUUAGUUUGCAAGUACUUGUAAUUUUCUUCCCCAUCUUCUUUACUUUCUUUUUUCGAUUGCGGUUGCGUUGGUUUGAGAGAAAUAAACUGAUGAAAAUGGAGAGAUGUUACAGGGUUUCGUUGUCA